AUGAGAGAGUCACUUCAAUCAUUCAUCUUUUCGAUGCUCCUACUUGGGUGCAAUAUUGCCCCCACACACGCUAGGAUCCCAGCAUCUGCUUUCAGAAGUGGACGGUUGCGUUCCUACAAUAAUACGCCUAUAUACAAUCCAGGUAUUCAUCACAGCCAAGGCGCGGAUGUGUUGGGCAACCUCGGGAAUCAUAGCCCAAGUGGUACUGACACGCCCAACGCAUCUACUCUAUCUCCCGGUGCUGCGGAGGCUGGAUGCCCUCCUCUCACGGGGAACAUAACUGUCAAUGCCUACCAAUUGUAUCCGGAGCAUGCUGACUUCAAUGAGAAUGACUGUCUGGUCUACUUAAGCACGGUCGCAGUUUAUGAUCCUUACAAGAGGGAAGUAGUGGAUAAUAUCCAUCUUCCAGGGCUCUCUGGAGACCCGGUGCUUCACAUGAGUGGUGUUGUGGUGGACCCGCAAGGCCAACUCUCAGUCAUCGUCGAUGCUGGGGCUGCCUUUGACACUCAAGGCCAAGAUAUCUCAGGCGAUAAUUUCCUGGUGAAAGUUGAUCCCCGUCAUGGUCAGGUCCUCUGGAGAAAGAACCUCACCGAAGUAACGAAUGGUGUUUAUGGCGGCUACCAAGACGCUGCCCAUGAUGCCCACGGCAACACCUUUGUAGUGGGCACUUUCCCAGCGAGCAUCAUCAAGGUUGGUCCCAAUGGCUCAACUGCCAUUCCUUGGUACUUGCAGCCUCAGCCCAACCAAACUGUUCCUGGCCUGUCGGGACUUGCUGCCCGGGGCGACAUCCUGCUUGGUACGGAUGGCUCGGAUGGACAGCUGUACCGGUUUAACAUGACAGAGGAAAUGGGACACAAGGUUCACGUACCUCUGAAGGGCAGCAAUGCGACCAGAAUCGGCAAUAGUCUGGAUGGGAUCCUUCUACCAAAGCAAUUCAACGGCACAGUAUUGCUGGUCUCUGACACCACGGAUGGAACGGCUGUUCUCCGUUCAGCUGAUGGACUGUGGACUAGUGCCGAGAUGGUAGGAACAGUUCCCAACGUGUAUGCCUCUCGAAAUGGAUUUUCGGUGGACAACGUGGAGAUUGGAGGCAGCUUGUACUCGGUCACUGAAUUCUUCCUUGACGAGAAAGUUCCGGGGACUCUGGCAGGGAACAGAACACAGUUUCCCUUGGUUGAUAUCACGAACCAGGUGCUGGAACUACUAAAGUAA